AACUUCCGAAUUCUUUCCCCAUCUGCUCCAUGGAGAGAUCUCCAGUCCAUGUCUCUCGCCGAGGGCCACGCCACUGCCGGGCUGGGACAUAAUGAGGCCAGGCAGUCCCUCGGGGGUUUGCCUCCCUCCGUGGAGUUGGAUAUGGGCUACAAACUUCUUUACGGUUUCUUUAGUCUUGCAGCUGCGUGCGCGGGCCUCGCAGGCUCCCAGCCACUUCCGGGAAAGUGCUGUGCCCAAGAUUGGGAUGGGAGCCCUGUUGGAAAACUCAAGUUUGUUUUGUAGAAGGGAUGCCUGGGAGCUCUGCAGUAAUCAGUCAGUCCUUGCAAUUUUUAGCCCACCUUUCUUCCCAUCAAAGGCUUCGCACCAUGCAGACGGAUGUCAUCCCUGGGAAGAACCCCCUGCUCUUUUCCAGGGUCUCCUGGAAGGAGCUCCUUUGGAAGAUCGGGAAUUCCCCUAUAAGAAGUUGCUUCAUGUAGAGACCUACCAUUACAACAUAACAGCUGAAGAGCCACUUGGAAUGGGAAAUGACAGAAGAACUGCAGAUUUUGACCUGCUCUUGACUUCCGCAGCCUCCGAUGAACCUUGGAGUCAUUCAGUAUUUUCUCUAAUAAGCUCAUGGACCAAGAAGACUUUAUUCAAAAGAGAUUCUUCUAUCAUGCACCACCUGCAUGAAGAUGUUUCCAGAAUUUCUGUGUCUUCUGAGUAUGGGAUAGUUUUCCAGAAAUGUGCAAUGGUGUCCCAGCAGAGCGAGGUUGAGACUGCCUCUGUGAGACUUCUCAUUAACAAUACCAAGACACCAUCCGCAGCCAAUCUCUCUGAUCUUGUCUUGCUGGACAAUAUUACAGGCCUCACUGUUCUGGAAUCCUCUGGAAAUAAGACUUCAGAAGGGUUUCAGAUAUUCAGAAAGAAAUUUCUCCAAGCUGGUGAUUUUUACUCAGUAAGCUAUCGUGCCCUGCUGAACGCCAAAGUAGCCAGAGACAGCAAGAUUCUGAGUCUCCCUGCCCAGUUAACAUUUCAGAGUCUAUCUCUGAAUAAAACACAAUUGAAGGCACUCUUGACUAUAAGAGGACAAGAAAAGAUGAAGAUUUCAACAAACCAUGGUGUCCAUGCAGCAGGAUUUUUUAUGGCAUUUCUAGUCUCAGUAGUACUCACCUGUGUCAUGUUUUUAUUUAUGUCUCAGUCCCGAUGUUUCAAAUGGAACAUCUGUAAUAAAAACAGGGUCCAGCCGGGCCCCCAUCAAGAAAGCAAGGUGGAGUACUCACAGUUCAAUUCAGUGGAUGGUGUGAGUGAAGAAUUCGCCAUAAGUGACCAAAUCAUUGACAUACUGUCAUCUGAAGAUCCAGGGACCAUGGCCCAAGCCUUAGAAGACAUGGAGAUAGCGACCCUGACUCGGGCAGAUGCGGACUUGCAGGCCUGUCGCAUGCAGAUUAGCAAAGACAUAAUUGAUGUGUUAUUGAAAAACUUGAUUCUCAGUGGCAAUCUCUCACCCCACAUGGAGAAAAGGUUAAGUUCGGUUUUCAAAAAGCAAUUUCUCAUGAUGGAGACUGAAGUACAAGAAGAGUAUGACCGGAAGAUGGUUGCUCUUACUGCAGAGUGCAACCUGGAGAUGAGAAAGAAGACAGAGGCUCAGUGUCAGAGGGAGAUGGUGGCAAUGGAGGAAGCUGAGGAGCUGCUGAAGCGUGUCAGUGAGAGAUCUGCUUUAGAGUAUAGAAAUUUGCUGCACAAUCUCCACCGACGGGAGCAGGACCAUUUGAGGAAGUCUCUCUUACUGAAACGGGAGGAAGAUUUUGCAAAAGCAUACAGGGAACUGGCAAUUUUCCAGAGAAAUGAACUACACAACAUCUUUUUUACACAGAUAAAAAAUGCAAUUCUGAAGGGAGACCUAAAGUUGGAGGCUGCUAAAAUGCUCCUUCAAGAUUAUUCUAAAAUACAGGAGAAUAUUGAAGAGUUAAUGGAUUUUUUACAAGCUAAUAAGAAAUACCACCUGAGUAAGAGAUUUGGCUACAGAGAAUACUUGAUACAAAGCAUACAGUCAUUAGAAACCCGGGACCAAAGUCUUCUGAACACAGCAACAGCUCAGAUAACAAGCCUUAUCCACAAAAAUGAGAGAGCCGGGUACUUGGAUGAAGACCAGAUGGAAACACUUUUGGCUCGAGCUCAAGCAGAAGUUCUUUCUGUUCAACACAAAUUGGAAAAUGAUUUGAAGCAAGAAAAGAAAAAACUUCACCAAAAGCUAACAAUUAAGAGAAGACGUGAAAUGAUGCAAAAGCAAAAAGAACUGAGGAAGGAACAGCUUUCCAUGAGGGAUGCUAUUAGAACCUCUGGAGAAGUUAGCCAUUACUUGAUCCACUGGCAGACCAUGCUAUCUGACCACAAUGCUGCACUGGAAGAGCUGGUUGAAAGGCUUGACCAUGAUGCCUUAGAAGAACUGAAGACCCUAAAGCAGGGACUUACCAUGAAAGCGACUGAUGAGCUGAGACGCGUCCAGAAUGGGGUGAUGACACAAGAGUUACUCAAACUCAACGUGCCCUGGCUCUUCUUGCAGCAGAUCUUAGAGGAACAUAGCAAAGAGAUGGCGAUCCAAACUGAGCAGUUUGAAGGGGAAGAAAGGGGCAAGAAUCAAGAUUAUCUCCAGAAUAUGAAGCAAAAUCUGAAUGAUGAACUGGAGAGAAAUGUGGCAGAACAGAAGGAAUUAAGGCAUUGGGAACAGCUGGUAUUCAUGAAGCUUCUGUCUUUGCCCCUUUCCUUAUCUGAAGAAGAAUUACUUAAAAUGAGGCAGGAGUUCCACAACCGCUUUGCUCAGAUGGACAACAGCUUAGCCUUGCCUAGGAUUCGGGCCAGGGUAUUGCUGCAGAAUUUUCAGUCUGAUUGGAGAGAAGCCGAGUUCCUGAAAGUGGACCAAGCCUUCACAGAUAUUCAGCAACAAUCAAAAGUCAAGAAGCAACGUACUAAGAACAAAAGGAAGAUAGACAUUUUGAAGAAAUGUGUGGAAGAUAAAAUUCACAUCUUUGCGGAAAAACCCAGUGAGGACCUCCUUGAGAAGGUUCACAGGGAGUUGCUGCUGGAAAGAGUUUACCAACUGAAGGCUCAGGAGGACAAACUUGGGGAGUAUGUGACCUCUGUGCAGCUCCAUAAGAUGACAAAGAAAUGGAAAACUCGGGAGGUUUACACCACUCUUAGUACUGUUCAGGGUUUACUGUUGGAAGAGUUGAGCACAUCAGAAACCAUGACUAAGUCAGCCUGUACUCAGAUCCUGGAGUCGCACAGCCCUGAGAUUGAAGAGCUCGAUAGGAAGCUAGAAUAUGAGUUGGUACACAGAGAGACUGUACUGCAGCAGCGGGCCAUCAUGGACAGACAGCGGUGGAAUUCUGAAGGACUUGGCCUUUUGAGCGAAACUGGAGAAAUUAAUUCAGAAAGGCAGGUUUCUGCUGUGCUGUGCCAGGCCCUGACAAAGUCUCAGAAAGUAGUACAGCUUCAUAAUCAAAGUUUAAGGGAAGAGCAGCAGAAUAGUGUUGUGCUUGAAGACUUGCUGGAGAAUAUUGAGAUGGACACAUUUUUGACCCUCUAUAACCAGGUGAUAGAACAGAGGUUGAAUGACUUCAUGUGUCACGGAUGUUGUAGAGAGGAACUCCGAUUGGCAUCUUAUUUAUCCAAACUGACAAUGGUGCCAGUGGGGAUGUUGCACAGGCUACUGAACUUGAUGCUGCCUUCAAGUUCACAGACAGAGCUUCUCUCUGUUCUGGAUGCAGUCAACGAUAAGUAUGCAGACAACCUCAUUGAAAGUGACAACAGUGAAGUGCCCACAGACAGCAAUAUGAAGAGGAAGCACCAGGAGCUGUGGGAAGCUUUAGAGAUCAAACUAAGACAAGAUCUGAUCAGCACAGGAUUAGAAAAGACACUUUCAGCUCGGCAGAAGAAAGAGAGCAAGCCAUGGCUGACAGACAUCUGCUGUGUCGCUCUGGGCCCAACUCCUGUUCUCCAGGGCAGCCCUGAUCAGAGCCCCCUGGUGGAACUUAAAUGCUUGGCCGUUCAGCUCGAGAGAGAGGAACUCAGGGUCUGGUACCUUAUUUUGCCAAGUGAUCUUCAGAAUCUUCCCAAGACAAUUCGGAUGGAAGCUAUUCAGUUUCUUGGCAUGGUGCUGGAAUACUGUCCAGGUUUCACAGGAAUACAACAAUUAGGAAGUGAGAAGAAACUACUUGUAAACAUCGCACAUUAUUUUAGAAGACUCUUGACCAAAAAUAACGACUUACCUAUAGAUCCCAUCAAGUACAGUAAUUAUCAGAUGGCUCCAGAGAACAGCAAAGAUGUUUUGGACUUACAGCAUGCUGUCAACAGAGGAAAUGGAAUCAACAGUAAACAUCGGGCCCCAGGAAACACAGCAUAG